AUGGCGACAUAUCCUUUUCCGUAUUCUCAAGCAGCAAAGCUUGACGCGAGGAUCACGGUCCCUCGGCCCAUUUACGACCCUGUUCUUGCUCCGAUGCUCGACUUGGCUUCAAUGCCAGAGGAGUUCGAUCUGAACUUUAUGCGCGGCGUCGCCAGCGGCGACCAGGACUGCUCCGACGGCGCGUUCAUCUUCAACGCCACGACCAUUUUCCACGACAAGCCACACUUGACCCACACAGAACACACCAUCACAGGGCCGGACAACAAUGCAAUCAUCCUUUCCGUGUUCAUGCCCAAGGAGGCAGCCGUGGCUUCACGACCAGCAGUGUACCACAUUCACGGAGGUGGAAUGGUCAGCGGGGACCGUUUUACUGCUCUUACCCCUGUGAUUGAUCUCCUCGAAGGCAUCGACUGCGUGAUAGUAUCUGUGGAACAUCGCCUGGCUCCGGAAACCCGUGCGCCGGGCCCGGCCGAAGAUUGUUACGCCGGACUGGUCUGGGUGUCUGAGCAUGCCGCAAGCUUGGGAAUCGACCCCUCGGCGAUCGUCGUGUUCGGUGUAUCAGGUGGCGGCGCGCUGGCAGCUGCAACGUGCCUCAUGGCUCGAGACAGGAAGUCUCCUCGAAUCCCAAUCAAAGCGCAGAUGCUGUACUCGCCUAUGUUGGACGAUCGAUUACAAAGUUUGUCAGAUCGACAAUUUGAGUACGGGAAUCCGACUAGCACGGCGUGGAUCCGAAACAUGUGGCAGCUGGUGCUUGGUGAGGCGUACGGAUCGGAGACGGUGACUCCGUAUCAGGCACCAGGAAGGGCCUCCGAUCUAUCGAACCUUCCGCCUGCGUACAUUGACGUGGGCGAGUGCGAGGUGUUUCGCGACUCUUCCGUCGCCUAUGCGGCGACGAUGUGGAGGUGUGGAUCAACUUGCGAACUGCACGUCUGGCCGGGAGCUUUCCACGGUUUUGACAUGCUGGACGACCCCAACGUCCCUCUGAUUCAUAUGGCCAACCAGGCCAAGAGUAACUGGUUCAAAAGAGCCAUGAAGCCUGGGACCAAAUCAACCACUUGCUCAGGUCUCCCUUCGUGA